AUGUCAGAAGCUGUCGAGCACCGCCAUGACUUCUCUGCCGAGAAGCAGGAGCUCGAGUACGAGUAUAACCCCAACAACUAUUCCGACACCGUCCACCAGCUCAACGAUGAUCAGGAGUUCGGUGCCGUCAAGCGUGACCUCAAGUCCAGACAUUUGCAGAUGAUCGCCAUCGGAGGAACCAUUGGUACUGGCAUCUUCUUAUCCUCGGGUGGAUCCGUCGCCGCUGCUGGCCCCCUGGGAACCAUGGUCUUCUUCAUCGUCACCAGUUUGGGUGAGAUGUCUGCCUACUUACCUUUGCCUGGUGCCUUUACGACUUUUGGAGCUCGCUUUGUUGACCCAGCCCUUGGUUUCGGUUUGGGUGCCGGAUACGCCUUCCAGUGGAUCAUUACUGUCAUAAUCGAGGUCACUGCCGCCGGAAUGAUUCUCCAGUACUGGUGGCCCCACCUCAAGAUGUGGAUCCCUGCCUUAAUCUUCAUUGUCUUGUUGGUCGGUAUCACCCUUUUGGGAGUCAAGGCGUUUGGUGAGCUCGAGUACUGGCUCUCUAUGAUCAAGGUCCUCACCUGCAUAGUUUUCAUCAUCAUCGGAAUCUUGGUCGACACUGGCGCUGUUGGAGGCAGAUUCAUUGGAGGCGAGAACUGGCACAUCGACCAGGCCCCCAUUGUCGGCAAGGACGCCCGUGAGAGGACCAUCAACAUCUUCACUACCUGCGUCUGGGCUUUCUUCAGUUUCGGAGGCACUGAGCUCAUUGGUAUUACCGCCGGAGAGUCGUCCAACCCCGCCAAAGCUGUCCCCAAGGCUAUUCGUCAGACGUUCUGGCGUAUCUUGCUUUUCUACAUCCUCUCCAUCACAGUCAUCGGACUUUGCAUCCCCUGGACCGACCCCAACUUGCUCAACUCUGUCUAUGCCAGCGUCAACGAGGCCGCCACCAUCGCCCCUUUUACCAUCAUCUUCAAGAUGGCCAACCUCCCUGGUGCUGAUCAUGCCAUCAACGCCGUCCUUUUGACUGCCGUCUUGUCAGCCGGUCAGAGUUCCUUCUACGCUUCGACCCGUACCUUGAUGGCCAUGGGUCGUGAGGGCAAGAUGCCCGCUAUCUUUGGUCGUGUCAACAGCCGUGGUGUCCCUCUCUACUCGCUAGCCUUUGUCACGUGCAUUGCCUCGGUUGCCUUUGUUGCCGAUGUUGUCGGAACUGGAGUUGUCUUCGAAUGGCUCGUCAACUUGACUGGAAUGUCUGCCCUCCUGACCUGGAUGUCAAUCUCUGUGAUCCAUCUCCGUUUCCGCGCUGCCUUCAAGGCCCAGGGUCGUUCCCUCUCCGAGUUGCCCUACAUCGCCCCCUUGUUCCCUUACAGCUGCUACAUCUCGAUCGUUUUGGCCUUGAUGAUUGUCGUCUUGCAGGGUUACCAGGCCGUCACUGCUGAUCCCUUCGAGGUCAAGGGCGUUGUUGCUGUCUUUGUCGGCGCCCCCGUCUUCUUUGGAACCAUCCUGGGCUGGAAGCUCUACCACAAGACCAAGAUCGUCCCCUUGUUGGAGGUCGAUCUCGACUCUGGCCGUCCCAACAUCAUCCGCAGUACCUCCAAGCUUGGCGACGACGAGCCCAAGCCCUCGAUCUGGAAGCGUAUCAUGCACUUUGUCGCCUAA